CGCCACUUUCUUCCCCCGCUUUGAGUAGCCGUACUCCUAUCCCUCUCAGUCUUACCCUCAGUCCAGCAAGCGCAGGUCACCGCCCAUACUCCACAGUCCACGCUACACUGGUCGUACCUUUCCUACCUCUGAUAUCGUCAUGCUUUUCUGUAUCCCCCGUCCUCUCACAAACUCAGCCCAAACUCCAUUUGCAUCGCACGCCACCCAUUCAAUCAUCUCCCAUCCUUUCACCACUCCGGUUUGCUUCUCAAUAUAGCGAUUUCUGCAAACUCAAACAGUUCACCUCCCAUGCUUUUUCUAGAUCGGCAAGAAGAAGAGGAAGGAAGGAGGAAGAGGAAGAGAACAGAAAACCUCCCAGCUCUCUCUGCCUCUCGAAGUAGGAGAAGAAGAAAAAAAAACCGCACGAAGAAGAACUCUCACCCUGCCUGCAUUUCAUCUUCUUCUACAAACCCAUAUCCAGAUUCCUCUUCUCCUCUAGACUGCAGAGUUCCGCUUAGCUCUCGGUGGAACAAUGCUCAAGAAUUCGAGGUGCGGCGUCGCUCGCUGCAGGAAAUCAAGGACACCACCUGCCAUGCCCGACGCUUCGAUUCCGCUGCACAACACAGUCGACACUUACGACCCGAAUGUCACCGGCCCAGCCAUGCUGAAUGCCAGGAGCAAUUUCAGAGGGUGCUGGUGCAGGGAGUGGCGCCCAGGCAACUGUCGGACCAACUUAAUGAAGUUCUUAUUGUUGGAAAGGAUAGCUUUGAGUUACGCCAAUUCGAGGAACUACAGGCAUUAGCUUCGAGAGCUGGGACUUAAGCAGCGGUGCAAAAGCUGCGAGGUAGGAGGAUAGGCAAUGUUGUCCUGACUUUUGUUGGAAUCACAGAUAAGCAAUGUGAGAAGAACCUUCAAUGUCGUGCUUUCAGCUACAAAUACACCGUCAACACCUAUUAAGCCUUCAGAAAGUUCUACCACUGCCGGAGUAUGUGCCAGGCUCCAGUCACCUGUCUUAGUUGGGUAUGUAUUAUUUAUCCUACAGCAUACAUGUGGGCAUGGCCUCGACUUAAUUAUACUUUGCUAAUGCAAACUCCGUCGUAGAGGUGUCUUGGCAUAGUAGUUAUGCUUUAAGAUUUACUAUCAGAUUUUAAGGAAUGACAGAGAUGGCACAUUUAUUGUUACACAGGAGGAUUCACGGAAGACUUUGCCCUGCUGAAUCAUGAAACACAUGUUUGUUUCUCCAUUUGUUCCUCAUUAUUUAUCUGAACUUACACAUGUUCAUCACCAUCUGAAAAGGCUACCAGAUCUCAACUCUAGGUCGCCUUUGUCCAAGUCAUAGACAAUCACAGUCUGUUUUCAUGAAUGACAAAAGACUCAUUUAGUGA